AUGGAUAGUGGCAGCGAAGGGAACUCGGACUUUUCGGGUCAAUGGACCGAUGGAUGGAGUAGUGAGUCCGAAGAGGAAGAGGAAGAGGUGUCUAAGGGGUUAGAGUCACCGUCACGAGUGGGCAAGGAUAAUGAGCCGGUAGAGAGAGUUGAUGUAUUUGGUGAAGGGGACAAUGGUGGCAGAAUGCCUUCAUCGGAGUCACCACGUGGUUCAGGCGAUCAAAUGAGUGAUGAUGUGGACACUUCGAUGCUUUCAACCGCGGCUGCAUUGGCCGAUGCCGAAUUUCAUGGGGUUGAAGAGGCUUAUGCAAGAUAUGUGGAGUAUGCAAAGGCGACUGGAUUUGCGAUUCGAAAAGGGGAUUCCAUUAAAGAUGAUGAAGGCAAUGUUGUGAGGAAAUUUUUCUAUUGCAAUCGACAGGGCUUGCAGGAGAAGAAGCAUUAUGAGAGGGCGGAUAGGAAAAGGGCGCAUAAGGCAGAGACUAGGACCAACUGUAGUGCGAAGUUCAUUGUAUUUUUAGACAAACAGUGUGGCAAGUGGAGGACGAAGAUAUUUGUUCAAGAUCACAAUCAUGAUUUGACUUUGCCUGCUUUCACUAACGUGAUGGCAGCUCACCGCAAUAUCAACGAAGGUGAUAAAGCCCACAUUCAUAGUAUGCACGAAGCAGGAUUCCAAACCAAUCAGAUCAUGGGGUUCUUUUCAUAUUUGUCCGGGGGUUAUCGAAACUUGCACUUCAUAAAGAAGGAUGUUUACAACUAUAUCGACAAUGUACGUCGCUCUCGGAUUGUUCAGGGCGAUGCGGCAGCAGCAAUAAGUUAUCUGAAGGGAAAAACCGAGAUGGAUCCAUUAGCUGUUGUGAUGUACACAUAUUGUCCCGAAAACCACCUUGGUCAUCUGUUUUGGUCAGACGGAGCAAUGCAGUAUGACUAUGAGUGCUUUGGUGACGUGUUGGCAUUUGAUUCGACAUAUAGGAAGAAUCUAUACAACCAGCCUUUAGUAAUAUUUUCUGGCACUAAUCACCACCGACAGACAAUAAUUUUUAGUUUCGGGUUGUUGGAGGAUGAGAAAAUUCCAUCUUAUAAGUGGCUGCUAGGCACUUUCCUUGAGGUCAUGCAUCAAAAACAGCCCAAAGUUUUGGUUAUAGAUAGAUACGAGUCAAUGAAGGAGGCUAUUAGGACAGAAUUCCCUAAUGCCACGCAUCGACUUUGCACCUGGCACUUAGCGCGGAAUGCUGUUUCAAACAUCAAGGAUAAUGAUUUUUGUUCUGCUUUUAAGACUGCUGUGUAUGGUCAUUUUGAGGUAGAGGAGUUUGAUCAAUAUUGGGCAGACAUGGUUGCUGCAUUCGGGUUACAGGAGAACAAAUGGAUUUGGGCAACGUACGAGAAGAGGGUACAUUGGAAAAAUGCGUAUUUGUGUGAUACGUUUUGUGCUGGGUUGAGAACGACGUCAAGAUGCGAGGGUAUUAAUGCAUCGCUUAAAAGGUUUAUCAAGUCCUCGAAUUGUUUGUUGGAGUUGGUCGAGAAUCUUGAACGUGUGGUUAAGGACUACAGGAAUAAUGAGUUUAUCGCGGAUUAUAAAUCUCUAUAUUCAGAACCGGUCAUAACCACUGGGUUGGAAUCAAUUGAGAGGGCCAUGUCACAAAUCUACACUAGAGAGAUAUUUUUCGAGGUUAAGAAACAGAUUGAAGGGGUGGCUGCGUUGAUAGUUCUUCAUAGGGAGAGUUAUGGUAGCACAGAGAAAUUCAUGUUUAGAAAGUUUCGUAAGCCCCGUCGGGUUUACUCUGUACUGUAUGAAAGCAACUCUGAAAGGUAUGAGUGUUCUUGCAAGCUUUGGAACAGCAUAGAAAUUCCAUGCAGCCAUAUCAUCUGUGUUUUGAAAGAGCUGGAGAAGGAUGCCUUGCCAAUGCGGUUGGUGCUGAAAAGGUGGUGCAAAAAUGCUAAGUCUGGAUCAUUCCACGACUCGGACGGAGGUUUGGAUAGUAAUAGAGCAUUUCGAGGGCGAUAUGGUUCAUUGUGGACUUCUUUCCUCCCUAUGUGUUUGUUAGCGGCUCAACGGCCUGCCACGUACAAGUACGCUGCUGCCAAGAUAGCGCAGCUAUUAAAAGAGAUUGAAGCGGAAGUUUCGAAGGGUAACAGUUCAACUUUCGUGCAUGAUACUGUAGAUGGUGAAGAUAUUUUAGAUCCAAAGAUUAUCAAGUCAAAAGGUGCACCGCGGUCAACCGGCAACGGCAAAAUGGCUAGGCGAUGCAAGCGCGGCCACGGUUUUGGACAUGAUCGGCGAAAUUGCACAGCAAACAAGGAGGACAUGUUAGAUGAGGUUAGUGUUAAAUUUAAAGUCGCCAUUGGUAGUGUUACCGUAUGA